GCUUGGUGAGGGGGCUGGGGACUGCUGGACUCGGCCUCCUGGGCGAAACGCCAGGGAAGAAACGCUGGAGAGGAUGCCACCUGCUGGCGAGGGACCCGGGCCAGCACGGUGGGCGCAGCGCAGACCCGGAGCCUGGCUGUGUAGAAAACAAGAAUUGGGGCGAGUCUUCAAGUUGCUGGUUUUCUGCUGUCUCUUGUUAGGGCCGCCACCUCCCCCCUGGCUUUGCCCAGAAAUCCGCGCCCCGCGCGCCCGGCUCCAUCUGCGGAGGUCUCCACCGGGUCGCCGGUCCCCCUUCUCGCUCCCCUCGCAGCGCGCUCCAAGGUCUACGGACUCUCCCACUCUUCCUCCAUCAGGUGGAGCCGUCCGCGCCUCUCCGCCGCCUUCCUUCCUCCUCGCCAGCGAAAGACGAGCCGGCCACCUUGCAGCGCCAGGAGGUUAACCGAGACCCCGGAGGAGGAGCCCUUCUGUCACUCAGCGGCUCGCGCCCUCGCCGGCGCGCUCACUGUGGGAGGAGCCCGCCGGAGGAGGCUGGGUGCUGGGAAGCCGCGGAGCCUGAGCAUGGACCUGCCACGCGUGGGGGACCUCGCUGACGAUCCCGCUUCCCGAGGCGACUAAAAGAAUACAUUAAAAAGGCACCUGCUCUCGGCUGGCUGCUGCUUUCCAGAGACACCCAGGGAUCGAGGCCACCCGGGAGGGACCGCCGGCCGGCCGGACAGAUGGUCGGCGCGACCCGGAGAGGACCGGCGGCGGAGGCUGAGCAGAACGAGUGGCGGAGGAAGAGAAACUAACUGCAAACCCAAGUUGCCCCGCCGACUCCCCGGGCUUCGCUGAGGAAUGAAACCUCUCCAGCUCGAUCUGCUCUUCGUCUGCUUCUUCCUUUUCAGUCAAGAGCUGGGCCUCCAGAAGAGAGGAUGCUGUCUGGUGCUGGGCUACAUGGCCAAGGACAAGUUUCGGAGAAUGAAUGAAGGCCAGGUGUACUCCUUCAGCCAGCAGCCCCAGGACCAGGUGGUGGUGUCCGGACAGCCAGUGACCCUGCUGUGUGCCAUCCCCGAGUACGAUGGCUUCGUUCUGUGGAUCAAAGACGGCCUGGCUCUGGGCGUGGGCAGGGACCUCUCAAGUUACCCACAAUACCUGGUGGUAGGGAACCACCUGUCGGGGGAGCAUCACCUGAAGAUCCUGCGGGCGGAGCUGCAAGAUGACGCCGUGUACGAGUGCCAGGCCAUCCAGGCCGCCAUCCGGUCCCGCCCCGCGCGCCUGACCGUCCUGGUGCCGCCCGACGACCCCGUCAUCCUCGGGGGGCCGGUGAUCAGCCUGCGGGCCGGCGACCCCCUCAACCUCACCUGCCACGCCGACAACGCCAAGCCUGCGGCCUCCAUCAUCUGGCUGAGAAAGGGAGAGGUCAUCAAUGGGGCCACCUACUCCAAGACCCUGCUUCGAGAUGGCAAGCGGGAAAGCAUCAUGAGUACACUCUUCAUCUCCCCGGGCGAUGUGGAGAACGGGCAGAGCAUUGUGUGUCGUGCCACCAACAAAGCCAUCCCCGGGGGCAAGGAGACCGCGGUCACCAUCGACAUCCAGCAUCCACCCCUGGUCAACCUGUCCGUGGAGCCGCAGCCCGUGCUGGAGGACAACGUCGUCACGUUCCACUGCUCUGCAAAGGCCAACCCCGCUGUCACCCAGUACAAGUGGGCCAAGCGGGGCCAGAUCAUCAAGGAGGCGUCUGGGGAGGUGUUCCGGACCACCGUGGACCACACCUACUUCUCCGAGCCUGUCUCCUGCGAGGUGACCAACGCGCUGGGCAGCACCAACAUCAGCCGCACAGUGGACGUCUACUUCGGGCCCAGGAUGACCACGGAGCCCCAAUCCCUGCUGGUGGACCUGGGCUCCGACGCCGUCUUCAGCUGCGCCUGGACUGGCAACCCAUCCCUGACCAUCGUCUGGAUGAAGCGGGGCUCGGGUGUGGUCCUGAGCAAUGAAAAGACCCUGACUCUGAAGACGGUGCGCCAGGAGGAUGCUGGGAAGUAUGUGUGCCGAGCGGUGGUGCCCCGCGUGGGAGCCGGGGAGCGAGAGGUGACCCUGACUGUCAAUGGACCCCCCAUCAUCUCCAGCACCCAGACCCAGCACGCGCUGCAUGGGGAGAAGGGCCAGAUCAAGUGCUUCAUCCGGAGCACGCCGCCCCCCGACCGGAUCGCCUGGUCCUGGAAGGAGAACGUGCUGGAGUCGGGGACAUCAGGGCGCUACACGGUGGAGACGGUCAGCACCGAGGAGGGCGUCAUCUCCACCCUGACCAUCAGCAACAUUGUGCGGGCCGACUUCCAGACCAUCUACAACUGCACGGCCUGGAAUAGCUUCGGCUCCGACACGGAGAUCAUCCGGCUCAAGGAGCAAGGUUCGGAAAUGAAAUCGGGAGCCGGGCUGGAAGCAGAGUCUGUGCCGAUGGCAGUCAUCAUCGGGGUGGCCGUAGGAGCCGGCGUGGCCUUCCUCGUCCUUAUGGCAACCAUCGUGGCCUUCUGCUGUGCCCGCUCCCAGAGAAGUACGGGAGGGAGACCCGGGAUCUCAGGGAGGGGGACAGAGAAAAAGGCCAGGCUUACCCUGCCCCGGCAAGCAAAUCUAAAAGGUGUGGUGUCAGCCAAAAAUGAUAUCCGAGUAGAGAUUGUCCACAAGGAGCCUGCCUCUGGCCGGGAGAAUGAAGAGCACCCCACCAUCAAGCAACUGAUGAUGGACCGGGGCGAAUUCCAACAAGACUCAGUCCUGAAGCAGCUGGAGGUCCUCAAAGAAGAGGAGAAGGAGUUCCAGAACCUGAAGGACCCCACCAACGGCUACUACAGCGUCAACACCUUCAAAGAGCACCACUCCACCCCCACCAUCUCCCUCUCCAGCUGCCAGCCGGACCUGCGGCCCACGGGCAAGCAGCGAGUGCCCACUGGCAUGUCCUUCACCAACAUCUACAGCACCCUGAGCGGCCAGAGCCGCCUCUACGACUACGGGCAGAGGUUCGUUCUGGGCAUGGGCAGCUCGUCCAUCGAGCUCUGUGAGCGAGAGUUCCAGAGGGGCUCGCUCAGCGACAGCAGCUCCUUCCUGGACACGCAGUGUGACAGCAGCGUCAGCAGCAGCGGCAAGCAGGACGGCUACGUGCAGUUCGACAAGGCCAGCAAGGCCUCCGCUUCCUCUUCCCACCACUCCCAGUCCUCUUCCCAGAACUCCGACCCCAGCCGACCCCUGCAGCGGCGGAUGCAGACUCACGUCUGAGGAGCCCACACUGGGGGGGAUGGGGAAGGGAAGGGUGAGGGAAGAGGGGCUGGCACCUCCUGGUUCUCCAGGGACCCUGGGUAACUUGCCGAGGGCCCCAGAACUGACCUCCCCCAGGACGGCCUCUGCCAGCACCCUCCUCUGAAGCUCUGAUCAAGCACAAAACUGGGUCCCUGGCUGCAGUGUGCCAGAGGAGGGUGGGUGGGGAAGCGGAUGGAGGAUGCAACUGAGAGCCCAGUGCCCGGUGCUGGGCCCCCUUGUCCCCCAGCUCUUUCCUGGAGGACUCCUUCUACUCCCUGCUCCCCCCACGGACACUAGUGGCAGUUAUUUGCUUUAAAGAAACUGUCAUCCACUCUCCGGGCUCCCCUUGGGCUCUACCCCUUGCUGCCCAUAGCCCCACCCCUGCCCCUGUGCUCCUGUACCACCUGGGGUGGGGGUGGGGGGAUGGGGAAUGAAUUCUUCCCAGCACUGAGCUGCCCCAGAAGCCCCAGCUCCCCGUGCUACUGUGGCCCACACACCUUGGAGGCUGAGAAGCCAGAAACAGCCCCGGCCAAAGGAGCACCUCUCUUCGCCCUACUGGCCAGGAGCCUGCCCCCCAAUUUGUUUGGUGUCUUGUGUCCAUACUCUUGCAGCUCUGUCCUUGGAUUUGAAGCCUCUGAACUCUGAGGUGGGACUGGCCCAAUCGGAGACUGGUGUACUGGGAGGGAGAGGGAGUGGGAGGAGGGAGAGUGGGAGGACUUGGGGAACACCCUGCCCAAUCAAUGCGCCCCUCCUGAGGCCGUGUGACCGAUUCAGAGCCUCCCACCCUGCCACCCCUGCUUUGUGUACUCCCCUCCUCCCCCACAGCACAACCAGAGUUAAUAUAAAGUGUGAGAGCUU